GCUCACUGACAUGACUCUCUUGGUAACAAAAACUAUGUUGACAAACGUUGCUAAGGAAGUUGCUUCUCAUCGAGCUAACGUUAGCGCUAAACAUCGGCAAAUGUGGAAAUAAUGAAAUAGCAAAGUCUACCGCUGCUUUUCUCUCUUUCUGCGUGUCUGUUUCAGGUUGUUGUCAGCUAGCGAUGAGAAACCGGAGUCCGGCUGACCCCAGCAGGUUGACGUGAGGAUGACUGAGGAUGGGGAGGACAGCAGCCCCUCUCAGUCAUGUGGAAUUGAAAAAGGGGAUUCAACUGUCAAUGACAGCAGGCCACUCAAACCCCCUUCAGCAGGCCUCAAAACCCACAAGGACCUGAACGAGGCGCUCAAACCCCACCAGGUCGUCAAGGACCCUGAGGGUAACAUCAGUCCUUACCAGCCUCGCCCACCCUCAUUACCCAGGCUGUCCAAAGCCAACAAGAAUGGCUCAGUGGAUGAGACGGUGAGAGGCAGGAGACUGAGGAGCAGCCAGGAGAGUCUGAGUGACCCAGCUGAGACUGGCUCAUCCACAGACUCCCUUAAAGAGGACCAGACGGCUCCAGCUCCAGGUGGGUGUGUUCUCAGCAGUGCUGCCACCUUCAGGAACGGCCACGGCUCCAACAUGGCACCGCUCCCUGCUGCUGUGACAGGAUCCCCUGUUUUCCAGGACAGGGGGAGCAGCCUCUCUGAGUAUGAGAAGGGGCCCUGCAACCAGAAAAGUGACCCCACAGAGCAGCGAGUGAGGUCCUCCAAGGUGCGUCUGUCUCCGGUGCAGCCCACAGGGCCACUGCCUGCACUGGAGAAGAGCUUUGCGUCUGUCACCUUAAGAGCAUCUAAUCGGAUUGACAGGGAUUGUGUGGAUUAUGGCAUGUCAGCCAGAGGGGCGCACGGGGAGAGGCUGCACAGGAACCUGAGCGACAGCAGGCUCCUGGAGAACAUGGUGUUGGACAGUGCCUCUGUCAACUCCAUGAAGUCCACCUUCAGCGUGCUCAACCCCAUCAGACCCCAGGAUGUGAGGAACAGGAGCUUUCUGGAAGGCAGCGUGCUGGGAAACGGUGCCCUGCUGGGGGCAGAGGAGCUGGACCGCUACUUCCCCGACAGGAGAGUGGGCAUCUUCAUAGCUACGUGGAAUAUGCAGGGGGAGAAGGGACUUCCAGCUAACUUAGAUGAUCUGCUGCUUCCGACUGACUCUGAAUUUGCACAAGACUUUUACAUUAUUGGAAUUCAGGAGGGCUGUCCUGACAGGAGGGAGUGGGAGAUCCGUCUUCAGGAGACUCUGGGGCCAUACUAUGUGAUGCUGUAUGCAGCAUCACAUGGCGUUUUGUAUCUUACUGUCUUUGUCAGAAGGGACCUCAUCUGGUUCUGCUCAGAGGUAGAACACGCCACAGUCACAACCAGGAUCAUCUCUCAGAUCAAGACCAAAGGGGCUGUAGGGAUCGGCUUUACCUUCUUUGGCACCUCCUUCCUCUUCAUUACAUCCCAUUUUACCUCUGGAGACACUAAAGUUUACGAGAGGAUACUCGAUUACAACAAGAUCAUCGAAGCCCUAGCUCUUCCAAAAGGCCUCCCAGACACAAACCCUUACCGCUCCAUCGCCUCUGACGUCACCACGAGAUUUGAUGAGGUCUUCUGGUUUGGGGACUUUAACUUUCGGCUGAGUAAGGACCGGCUCGGCGUGGAGAGCAUCAUGAACCAGACAGCAGCCGGUGACAUGGGUCCACUGCUGCAGCAUGAUCAGCUCUCCAAGGAAAUGAAAGAUGGUUCAAUCUUCAAAGGCUUCCAGGAGGCACCCAUUCACUUCCUCCCCACGUACAAGUUUGACAUCGGCUGUGAUAUUUAUGACACUACUUCCAAACAGAGAACACCUUCAUACACUGACCGAAUCCUGUUCAGGAACAGGCAGGUAGAUGACAUCAAGGUGGUCAAGUACACCAGCUGCUCCAGCAUCAAGACCUCAGACCACCGCCCUGUCAUCGGCGUCUUCCAGGUCAAACUGAGGCCAGGCAGAGACAAUAUUCCCCUCGGAGCGGGACAGUUUGACCGGAGCCUGUACCUGGAAGGCAUCAAGAGGAGGAUCACCAGAGAGCUGAAGAGGAGGGAGGCCAUGAAGAACCAAAGCAGCAGCACCAUCUGCUCCAUCUCCUAAACCUCGGCUGGUCUCAGCAGACUGGAUCAAAUUGCACCAGAAACUGCACUAAUUCGCCAUGUCAGAACAACCAGGUAGGGACCAAAGGGAGACCAGAGUUGUCUUGCAAGCACAGAACCCAGUGACCUGGCAUUGCAUGCCCUCUAUUGGACAUUGUUGGGAACUGUAUAUGCGUGCAUAUACGUGUGUGUGUCCUGGUGAGUUGUAGAAGGGGAAGAGGCUGUCUGCACUUGAGGGCAGGGACCUUGAGGUCAGACAGUCAAAGGUCUGCAGACACAGCAGUCUGGCCUUCAUACAGUCCACUCUACCCAAACAUAAUGGGUGAGAGAGAAGAGGAGGACUGUCGUCGUGGCUUAUUCUUCAGUCACGUGCUUGUAAUUCAUUUGUUUUCUAAUCAUUUUGUACGUAUUUAACAAGAACGGUUUAUUAUGAACCACAAUGUUACGUUCUACUCGUUGCUCUAAGUUGCUCAGUUUUAAAAUGCCUUGUGAAUUUAUUUCCAUCAAGCAGCACACCAAACAAUGCAGUAAAAAUAAAGUCAAGGUGCAAUUUUUUUUUUAAUGUCACUGAUGUGUGGGUGGUUUUCACUUGCACAGAAUUUAGUUCCCAGCUGAAUGUUUUGUUGGUGAGAUGGGAGCUGUGGCAGCGUAUUAGUGUACCUACCCAUUUCACACACAGAGGUGCUACAGCAGAAAGUCAUCAGUUAAUGUAUGUAUAUGAUUUCAAGAACAUGACUCUAAAAAGUAAUGUGAUCAUUACUGAUUUGGUUAUACACUUGUGUCAAAUUUCAGGGAAUUCAGAUUUUUUAAGGCUUGUUAAACAAAUGUAAUAGCUUGUUAAACUGUUAAACUUAUUUGCAACUGACUGAUUUAAUUCAAUGCCUUACCUCUCAAGUAAUUGCAAUGUAACCUCAUCACAGGUGAAGUGUUCACGUACUGUAGUACACUAACAAGCUUAAAGAGCUUCGGCUGUCGUCGUGUUCCCUGCAUGAAGAGCGAUGGCUCUGGUGUAUCUGCUCAUGAUGAGGUGUCAUUCAUUCCUCUGCUCCUCAAAGUGCCUGUGGGUCUUGUUUCGAUUUCCUCAGGACCUCUUAUCUGUGUGACUUUUUUUCCAUAACACCUUCUGUGACGUAACAUCCCAUAAUAAAUGUUUUCAAACAAUUCUAAAA